AUGGAAGGAAGUGAACGGGAAGAUCCUCCUAGCAGCGCUGAAGACGACGUCGAGUGUCGGGUUUGAUAGAAAACUCAUUUAAAAUACAUAUUUAUAAUUCAGAAGGUGUCCACGCGAAUCGCUGGCGUUACACUUGAAUCGGAUUCCUUGCCAGAGUCUCCGAGCAACGUUGUCGAGGAAAGAAUGGCUAGGUCAUUGAUUAAGUUUAUUUUCGAAAAUUUUUUCGGUUUCAGAAGAAAGAAACGAAUGAAGCGUCAUAACAGAGGUCAACAAAUGGAUGUCGAUCCGACGCCAACAAUCAAUAAUCGACAAAGUAACAGAGAAAUAAGAUUUUCGAUGGGAAUCUUCAACUUCUUAAGGCAAACACAUGGACUGGGAUGGCGCUGAAUCUCAUAUCUCUUCCAGCGACGAAUCGUUUUCGGAUACAAGGUGAGAAAUAUUCGAAUUUAGACAUAUUUUCAAGUUCCAUUUUCAUUUUAAAGAGGCCAAGAAGCUGACGACGAACAAAGCGAUUGGGUCGGUUAUGCUGGCGAUGUAACUGAAAAUGAAACUGUGAGUUUCUAAUUGAACAAACCGCAUUGAAUUGAAUUGAAAUGUUUAUUGUUCGCUCAUGGAAAUUUUCCAGGAACCAGUGCCAGAUCGACGUCCACAAACUGGCCGUAGGAAUGUCACCAAGACGCUUUCCACCGUUCAGAAGCAGUUGGAGCGGUGAGAAAAGGUUGAAGCUUUGGAAAAAGGGCAUUUUCCAGGUUCGCACUUCAAGGACCACAAGGCGAAGCGGGAUUUGAGCUGCGAAUGCGCGAUCGUCCGACCUCGAUCCAUGUAAGCUUUCAUUGAACUUUUAUCAAUCUACAAGGCCUUUUCUCAAAUUCAAAGUUUUUUUUUUCUCGACAAACGGAAGAACAAUUUAAUGCCUCUUCAAAACUUAGCUAUGAGGUUGAAUCCCUUCCAACAAUUUUUUUUUUGAUUUUUUGUUCUGUGAAGUUUUGCAUGACCGCUUUUUUCCGAAUAAUUUUUUCACGUUGAACAUUUAUCUGUUCGUCCUCAUGCUAUGACUAUAAACAUGAACAGAGGCAAAUCAAAAUAGCAUAUAUAAAAAGUUCAGCCAAAGUUAUUUUUCUUCUCAAAAUCUUUUCAUGAGUGUUUAUUAUAUUUUUUCAGUUGAAUCGUCUUCUGAACAAGUAUCACCUGGAGGUGGUUCGACGCCAACGAGGAGCCGUUUACUUGAGGAGGAAGCAGUCGGCGAAUAGUUCCUCGGCCCGUUGA